GUUACCAAAUUUUCAAUGGAGUUGAAAGAGGGCACCACUGACUGCAAUCGUGUAGGCACACUCCAAACUCUGCCAUCAGAUGGCUACCGGCACAUCGACAUGCGAUACUUUCUCGCUAGUACUUUCAAUCCUAUCAGCUCCUAUUAUGUUCUUAAAAUAACUUAUCAGUUUUUCCAUCACGGUGACUGCUUAAAUUACGACCCUGCAAGUACAGUUAAAAAAUAUAAGAUGUGCGGAAUUUGGGCUCUCUUUGGAUUAGAUGUACCAUGUUUAACCAAUAUUUCUGAAAACUUUGAGAGGAUAGCACAUCGUGGUCCAGAAGCAUUUAAACUUGAAUUUGAUCAUGCAGUUAAGAAUGGUUAUCUUGGGUUUCAUAGAUUAGCAAUUGUGGACAAUCUUCAUGGAAUGCAACCAAUGAAACUUUAUCAAUAUCCACAUUUACUUUUACUAUGCAAUGGUGAAAUUUAUAAUUAUCAAAAGCUUGGUAUGGAACAUGGAUUUACAUAUACAACCAGAUGUGAUGUUGAAGUGAUAAUACAUUUAUAUGUACAUCUUGGUAUUGAAAACGUGACAAAAAUGCUUGAUGGAGUCUUUGCAUUCUGUUUAAUGGAUAUUGAAAGUAGAAGGAUUCUUAUUGGUAGAGAUCCCUAUGGUGUUAGACCUCUUUUCCGAUUAAGCUCUGAUGAUGGACAACUUGGGAUUUGUUCAGAGAGCAAAGGGCUUAUGGAAAUAACUAAACAAAUGACAUCGAAAUGGACAUUGGAGCCAUUUAAACCAGGAAGUUAUGAAGAAUAUGAAAUUUUAAACAAUGGUAGAACGAAAUUAUUAACAAAAGUAAACUAUUAUCAACCUGGAGACGAGCCUCAUUUUGCAGCUUUUGUUCCUUAUAAUAGUUUGAGUAGUACAGAUGUAUAUGGAAAUAUAAGAAAGCUACUUUCGGUUGCUGUGAAAAAAAGACUCAUGUCUGACAGAGAAGUUGGUUGUUUACUAUCAGGUGGUCUAGAUUCCAGUUUAAUUGCAGCUUUACUUGUAAGACAUGCAAAAGAGAUGAAAUUUCCAUAUAAAAUAAAAAGUUUCGCAAUUGGUAUGGGAAACAGUCCAGAUAUUAUUGCAGCCAGACAGGUUGCAGAACAUAUAGGAACAGAACAUCAUGAAGUAAUAUUUUCCAAAGAUGAUGUAGUUGAUAUUUUGGACAAACUCAUUUAUCAAUUAGAGACCUGUGAUAUUACUACAAUUCGAGCAUCUAUUGGUAUGUAUCUUAUCUCAAGAUACAUAAAAUAUAACACAAAAGCAACUGUAAUAUUUAGUGGAGAAGGUGCAGACGAAUUGGCACAAGGAUACAUUUAUUUCAGAGAUGCACCAAAUGCAACAGAAGCUCACAAUGAGUCUGUUCGAUUAUUGAAAGAUAUAUAUUUAUAUGAUAGCCUGAGAGCAGACAGAACAACUAGUGCAUUUAGUUUAGAAUUACGAGUUCCAUUCUUAGAUAUCCAAUUCACAAAUUAUUAUCUAUCAUUAGAUGCUGCUUCAAGACAGCCUCAAGGAGGAAUUGAAAAAUAUUUAUUAAGAUCUGCAUUUGAUGAUACGAAUCUGUUGCCCUCAAAUAUAUUAUGGAGACAUAAAGAAGCUUUCAGCGAUGGUGUAACAUCGUUCAAGAAAUCGCUUUUCCAUAUUAUAGAUGACAUAGUAGAUGCCCAUAUUUCACAGGAAGAAUUAGAAAAAGCUUAUUUAAACUUCCCUCAUUGUCCUCCAAAAACUAAAGAAGCUCUUUACUACAGAAAAGUUUUUGAGAAACAUUAUGCAGAACAAGCUAAAAAUUUUAUGCCAUACUUUUGGAUGCCACGGUGGACAAAGGGAGUUUGUGAUCCAUCUGCAAGAUUUAUUGCACAUUAUAAAGCAGAUGUAGAAAAUAAUCAUAAAAAAAAUAAAGCAGAGAUUAAAAAUGCAAGAAUCAAUUAAUAUCCUGAAUAUGCACAAAUAAUUAAUUAUUAUAUAAAU